AUGCGGUUAUCGGGGUUUGUUUUUGAGGUCGUCGGGCUGGGCGCCCUUGCCCUCCAGCCGUCCCUAGUCGGCGCACAGGGCGAAACCAAGAUUCACGAGGUAGGCCGAUGCGCGAUACGGGGGAAUUGUGGGAAGCAGUCUUUUUUUGGUGGUCAACUUCCCUGUCCGGACAAUGACCUGGCACAUCAGCCGGAGGACUCGGCGCGGCAGAAAUUGGUGAAUUUGUGUGGCUCGAAAUGGAAAGAAGGCCCCGUCUGUUGCCGUGAUGAGCAGGUCGACGCGCUUUCAAGCAAUCUGAAGCUUGCCGAAGGCAUCAUUGCAUCCUGUCCUGCCUGUCGAGAGAACUUUUUCAACACCUUCUGCACCUUUACUUGUUCCCCCGAUCAAUCGCUGUUUAUCAAUGUCACACAAACCGGUGAGAGCAGCUCCGGCAAGACAGUGGUGACCGAGGUGGAUAAUGUCUGGUCGGAAACUUCCCAAAGUGGCUUCUUUGACAGCUGCAAGGAUGUCAAGAAUGGCGCGUCUGGUGGUAAAGCAAUCGACUUUAUUGGUGGAGGUGCCAAGAACUACAAGCAAUUCAUGAAGUUCCUAGGUGACAAGAAGCUACUCGGUAGCCCGUUUCAAAUCAACUAUCUCACGGAGCCCCGGGGCUCUGAUGCUCAAGGCAUGAAGGCGGUGUCAAUCAAACCCAAGGCUUGUAAUGACCCCGACCAGACCUACCGCUGUUCCUGUGUAGACUGUCCCGAGGUGUGCCCCGAGCUACCUGCUGUUGCUAUGCAUGAGGCCUGCCAUGUUGGAUUUCUGCCGUGCCUCUCCUUUGCCGUUAUCAUUGUCUACUCUGCAUUCUUGCUGCUGGUAAUGGGUCUCGCGAGCUAUGUCACUUACAAGGAACGUCGGUUCCGCAAACCUGAACGAGUUCGCCUUCUUCAGGAUCCCUCCCUUAGUGACGAUGAAGACGAAGGGGAGAUUGUGUAUCAUGGGGGCAACGUGGAACAGCUGCAUGGCGAGUACAAGCCAAAUGUCUGGUUGUCAGCGAUGUUCCACCAUAUCGGUGGUGCAUGUGCACGCUUUCCCGGCAUCACAAUUAGCUCGAGCAUCAUUAUUGUGAUGUUAAUGAGCCUGGGUUGGCUGCGAUUUACCGUUGAAACUGAUCCAGUUCGCCUUUGGGUGAGCCCUUCAUCUGCGGCGGCCCAGGAGAAGACAUUCUUUGAUGACAAUUUCGGCCCAUUCUACCGAGCCGAGCAGGUCUUUUUGGUAAAUGAAACGGGUCCAGUCUUGAGUUAUGAGACCUUGUCAUGGUGGUUUGACGUUGAAUCACGCCUAAGUCGCGUGUUCUCGGCAGAGUAUGGCCUAAUCCUGGAUGAUGUUUGUUUCAAGCCCACUGGUGAUGCCUGUGUGGUGCAAUCAUUAACCGGAUAUUUCGGUGGGUCGGUCUUCAAUCUUGACCCCAAUAAUUGGGAAGAUCGACUCGUUCACUGUACCGACUCGCCUGGUGACGUGAGCUGUCUUCCUGCCUUCAAGCAGCCUUUGAAACCGGAAAUGAUUCUUGGCGGUUAUGAGGAGUCUGGCAAUGUCCUGGAUGCUCGGGCUUUGGUUGUAACUUGGGUGGUGAACAAUUUUGCCCAAGGUACUGAAGAGGAAAGAAAGGCCAUUGACUGGGAGAACACCUUUGAGGGCGUGUUUGAGGGCGUUCAGGGCGAAGCCACUGCCCGGGGACUUCGCGUUUCCUUCAACGCCGAGGUCAGCUUGGAACAAGAGCUUAACAAAUCCACUAAUACGGAUGCAAAGAUUGUGGUGAUCAGCUACAUAAUCAUGUUCUUUUAUGCUUCCUUGGCUUUAGGAUCUGUCACUGUCACCUGGAAGUCGCUUCUUACCAACCCCGCGAAUGCUCUGGUCCAAUCUAAGUUUACCCUGGGCAUCGCUGGAAUCUUGAUCGUUUUGAUGUCGGUCUCUGCUUCAGUCGGUUUGUUUUCUGCCGCGGGCGUCAAGGUGACUCUGAUCAUCGCCGAAGUCAUCCCAUUCUUGGUUUUGGCUGUAGGCGUAGACAACAUCUUCUUGAUCGUCCAUGAAUUUGAGCGAGUCAAUUUCAGUCACUCCAAUGACGAGAUUGAUGAAAGAAUUGCAAUUGCAGUCGGAAGAAUCGGGCCCAGUAUUUUCCUUUCUGCCUUGACCGAGACUGUGGCAUUUGGACUAGGUGCUUUCGUCGGCAUGCCUGCGGUGAAAAACUUUGCGGCAUACGCAGCAGGUGCUGUCUUUGUCAAUGCCAUCCUGCAAGUGACCAUGUUUGUCUCUGUCCUCGCUCUCAACCAGCGACGGGUAGAAAGUCUUCGUGCCGACUGCUUUCCAUGUUUCACGGUGCGAAAAGCGAACUCCAAUGGUCUAUCCCAGGACCAAAUAUAUGAUGAUCAGGAGGCAGAGACUGCCUUGCAGACUUUUAUCCGGCGCGUCUAUGCUCCUUUCAUUCUGGAUAGAAGGGUGAAAGCGGCCGUUGUUAUUAUCUUCCUGGGCCUUCUGACAGCAGGUUUAGCGUUGAUUCCUAAGGUGCCUAUUGGCUUGGACCAGCGAAUUGCGCUCCCGAGCGACUCAUACCUCAUUUCUUAUUUCAAUGACCUUGAUGCAUAUUUCCGCACCGGUCCGCCUGUGUAUUUCGUGACUCGCGGUGUCAACGUGACAGAGCGGAGCCAUCAACAACAGCUUUGUGGACGGUUCACGACAUGUGAGGAAUUUUCUUUGCCAUUUGUGCUGGAGCAAGAGUCCAAGCGUCCGAAUGUUUCUUACAUUUCUGGAUCCGCCGCUAGCUGGAUUGAUGACUUCUUCUACUGGUUAAAUCCCCAACAGGAGUGUUGCCAGGAAGAUGGCAAGAUAUGUUUUGAGGACCGUGUCCCAGGAUGGAACUUGAGUCUCUACGGAAUGCCGACGGGCCCGGAGUUCAUUCAUUAUGCUGGCAAGUGGAUCGACGCUCCUACCGACGCCUCUUGCCCUCUAGGUGGGAAAGCACCCUACAGCUCAGCCCUAGUUAUCGAUGAGGAACAUACCAUGAUAAAUGCUAGUCAUUUCCGGACCAGUCACACCCCCUUGAGGAGCCAGGAUGCCUUUAUUCAAGCAUACGUUUCAGCUCGUCGAAUCGCUGAUGGGCUUUCGAAGGAGCACAACAUUGACAUUUUCCCGUACUCCAAGUUCUACAUUUUCUUUGAUCAGUAUGUUUCUAUCGUCCAACUGACUGGUACCCUUUUGGGAUCGGCUGUCGCCAUCAUCUUUCUCAUCACCUCUGCCAUCCUGGGGUCGGUCGCCACCGGUGCUGUCAUCACUACCACGGUGGUCAUGACUGUGGUAGAUAUUAUUGGCACGAUGGCUAUCGCCGGUGUUUCCCUGAACGCUGUCUCAUUGGUGAACUUGGUUAUCUGUGUUGGUAUCAGCGUGGAGUUCUGCGCCCAUAUUGCACGGGCAUUCAUGUUCCCCUCGCAAACCCUGGUGAAGAAAGCACCAGGCAAGUUCCGUGGCAAGGAUGCUCGUGCCUGGGCUGCAUUGGUCAACGUCGGCGGAACCGUCUUCAGCGGCAUCACUAUCACCAAGCUACUUGGGGUCUGUGUUCUCGCAUUUACCCGGAGCAAGAUCUUCGAGAUCUAUUACUUCCGUGUCUGGUUGGCGUUGGUUGUAUUCGCUGCCACUCAUGCUCUCAUUUUCCUUCCGGUGGCUCUCAGCUAUUUCGGUGGUGGAGGAUAUAUUGAUCGUGCUUUCGGUGGUGGCCUGGAGGGUAACCUUAGCUGGCGCGGCCGCUACGGAUCUCUCGACUCUGAUGAAGAUUAA